AUGUCUAUGUCCUACGCUCCUGACCCCCUCUCUCCCUCCGCAUCCCAGCAGACGCGACGAGAUCGCAUGGCGUCGGCCCUGCGCACUCUAAUGACCAAUGAUGAUAUCGAUCCGGAUAUCCUACGGGCAGGCACCCCGUGGAUGACUGCCCUCGACACCGAAACCAUUCAGACUUCUACAUUGCUGGCCACAUUCCAACCAGCUUCUGCGCAGGUCUCCGACCUCCCCUCGGACCUGAAUGCGAUGCCCAUCGAUCCUGCCCUGUGCAACGAGUCUACUUUUCCUGUGGAAGGCGGGACAAGCUCCGCCAACCUUCCGCAGAGCUGGCUAGGCGAUGUCUAUUCCCGCCCCAGCCCGUCCAACAACCUCCAAGCCGACCCAAUGCCCUGCGAUUUCACGUUAGACUUUGCCUGGAUCUCCAACGAGUGGGACGUCUUGCUGAACUCAGCGGAGAUUGACCACGGUGGCAGCGCCGGCACCAGCAGCAGUAUCAGUAUCAGUAGCAGCAGCGUCGGGACUAGCAGCUUGACCGGCCCUAUUGUACAAACUCCCCAAACGAGCCCUGCGGCUCUGCCAUCGGUCAACGAGAUCUCGAUGCGAGCGCCCCCACAGCUCCCCUUCGCCGCUAAUCGACGAUCCUCGGAAAAGAACUCUCCACCACGGCCGUCAAAGCACCAGCGCGCACACUAUAUCAUUGAGAAACGGUACCGGGCGGGGCUCCAUGAGCGAUUUGAGGCCUUACGGGACUGCGUGGAGAGCUGGAAGCACCAGCAGCAGCAAAAGGAACAGCAGCAUCAACAGCAAUCCGAUUGUCCCCUCUCGCCAGGGGCGACUACGGAUGGGACCAAUGAAGGUGCGAAUCGGGGCACCACACGACUCAACAAGUCGGAGGUGCUGUGCGAAGCAGUGACCUACAUCAAGCUACUGCAGGAGGAGAACGAAGUUGUGAUGGAACACAUGAAGCUGCUGAUUCGGCGAUUUCGAGCGACCAAACAAGCCUUGCAGCAGGGCUAG